GUAAAAGUAAACAGUUUGAAUCAUGAGACAGAUACAUGUAUUACCUUUUCACAUGUGUAUAUAUUUACUGCUCAGUGGGACUAGUAGUGACAAAUCUAGAAGCAGUGCAGCAGAAGCUGGUGAGAGUGAUCAGACCUUUGAAUUUCAAGUCUUCGUCAAUAUGGCACUGGCGGUGGAGGAAAGCGAAAGUAACACUACUACUAGUACAACUACAAGCUUCAAUCAAAAUGCGCAGAUGAACAUGAUGAACGGAGAGUGUGAAUCCGGCUGCCAGAGGCCGCCGUUCGGGAAAAAGUGCCGUCACCUGUUGAAGAAGCAGCGGACUAAAUUCUACAUCCUCCGGCGCUGCAUAGCAAUGCUCCUCUGCUGGCACGAACGUAAUGAACCCUGAUAUAAUAGCAAGGCACACCUACCUACCUACCUAGCUUGUUAGUUCAUUUUUCUUAAUUAAUUUUCUUUUUCUCUUUCUAGUAUUAUUAAUCUGCUUAAAUAUAUAUAUGUAUAGAAGUAUAUUUGAAGGCUGUUCAUGAACUUUGUUUCCAAUUUGAUGGAGCCAAUAAGAUCUGUCCACUGUAUUUUUAUUUUAUCAUAGCUUUUUUAUAUUGGUUUUUCUCUCACUUUUCUUCUUCCUCUUCUUCUCUCUCUUCUACAAUUUUUUUUUAAUGGUGCUAAUUAUGAUCUCAAGGUGAUCAGUUUCUCUUGGUUUGUGUAAUUAUCAUCAUCCAUUUAUAUUCAUUGUAUUGUAUGAACUAUAUAAACUCCUAAUUAUAUUAAAAACUGAAUGGAUUUAUGAUAUUUAGAUAUUUAAUCAUAAAAAAACCAGGUCUGAAUUAAUAAUGCAUAAUCCUUUUUUUUUUUGGUGGGUUCAUAGGGAUAUUAUGAUGGCGUACAAAUCAAUUCAGGUUUAUAUACAUCAUGAUUUGAUUUUCAACCAAAUUCUCUGUUAGUUUUAUUUUAUGAAUUUCCAUAUAUACAGGUCCUUUUUUGUUUCUCAGCGUUCUGCUAUAUUCUUUUACUCAAGCUUGUUAUUCCAGUUCUUAAUUCGUCAUCGCUUUUUGGCUUUUUGGCUUUUUUUUUUUUUAUAAGAAAAAAAUUUACAAAUAAAAAUAGUAUUAUUUUCAGAAUAUUGGUAUAAUGCAUGCAAAUAUGAAUUACUUUUCCAAAAAUGGACAAAGGGGAAUAAUUUAUAGUUUAAUGCAUUUAUAAUCAUUCCAGCGAAUACCCACAAUAUCCUAAUUGAUUUGUCAA